AUGACGGAGGAAAGGCAGCACCUGCCAGGACGAGAGCCUUUCUUGCAGACUCGGGCUCUAUCGGCUCCUGCGGUGCUGUCGGCCAGGGAGGCACGCCGCGGACUCUGCGAAGUGGCGCAGGUCAUCAGCACCGCCCUUCUUGCAUUGCUGGUGCUUCUUCUCAUCGUGGCUGCAUGGACCCACAGGCAGAAGCUGGGAGGGGCUACCAAAGACCUCUGCCACCGCUUGUUCGACAUGGAGCCUGUCGAGGCCGGCGUGUUGCUCUUCGCCGCCACAGCGAUCGCUAACAUUUUCUGCCUGCCCUCUUUCGGAUUGUGGAUUGGAGCUGGAGUCGUUUUUGCCCACAUCUUCAAAGGAAAGGUGUUGCAAGGAUGCAUUGCAGGUACUGUCGCAGUCUUCAGCGGCGUCUCGGUUGGUGGACUCAUUUCGUUUGGCAUCGGUCGUUUCCUCUUCCGGUCGUGUCUGAUCAGAAGGCUCCGACACCUGGAGUGGGUAGAGGUGCUAGACGAGAUAGUCGAGCAGGAAGGCUGGAAGUUCGUACUCGUGGCCAGAAUGAGUCCGUUCCUACCACUGGAGGCACUCAACUACGCGUGUUCGCUGACCUCGCUGAGUACAGCUGGAUUUGCCUUGGGAUGUUUGGGAUCCCUGCCUACGACUGCCUUCUGGGUUUGGACAGCCGCUUCCGCAGAAUCACUGCGCAUGUCUGAAGAGACAGACGACACAGACGGCGACGCUGUGAAGCAGGCGUACUCCCUGACUGACAAAGCCAUCAUUAUCGGCCUUUCGAUGAUCAUGCUGUGCGUGCUGAUGAUCUUGCUUUGGUCCUCGAAGAAGAGGUACCAAGACAUGCUAGAGCGACGCAUCCCUGCAGUCGCUUUUCGACGAGUGGUUCGUUCUCAGGAGCAGCUGCAAGAGCCGCGACUUCCUGUUGACCUGGAAGGUGGUCAACGCGAGACUUACGAGCAUGAAGUGCACCGGCUGCGAGAGAGCUCCAAUCCCCGCCUGUGGCGCGGACUCUUGAGCCCCAGCAACUCGCCUGAGAGCUGA